CAGACAAUCAAGAGCUAGUUACUGCCAUUUCCAGAAUAAGCGAAUUCAAAACUGAUAAUAUGAAUGUUUUCAAGGAACUCGGUUUGAAAGUUCCCAGUGAAGAAGAAUUGGCAGUUGUGAAAAACUUCCUCAUCCAGCGAGAAGCACAGACUGACGAUGGAACUAGAUUAGAGGUACUUCUCAGAUUUCGUGAAGCUUUCCUUAAAACGUACGAAUUGAUGGCAGCUGUUGAGACAUUUGGGUGUAGUACAGCAACUUGCGAAUCAACUUUUUCAACAUUGACUGCAAUCAAUAGGCCACAGCGCUUGUCAAUGUCCCAUGCUCGCAUGGCUGAUCUAGUGUACUUGGCUUUCGAACGACAUCGCACAAGUGCAUUGAAUAUCGAUGUAGUUCUCCGAAAAUUUAAUGAUAGGAAAAAUCGUAAACUGGCAUUGUACCAAGUUACCUAAUAAUAUUUUCUGUAUGUUUUCUUUCGCACAUGAAAUUUAAAAAUACAAAGCAUACACGUUCAUCACUCAUUUAUUGUUUGUUUAUUUAUUUAUUUAUUUUUUUCAUCAUUUAUUGUUGUAAAUUUUACCCUGCCCGCAGGCCCGUAUCCAGAAAUUCAUUUCGGGGGGUGCCCAAGUUCCCAAAAAAUUUUUGACAAGCAAAAAAAAAAAAGGUCUCAAAGCAAUCAAGGCCCCUCGGCCCCCCCCUGGAUACGUGCCUGCCCGUCUUACUUUACUUUGUGCCCGUACAACUAGUUAGGUCUGGCUACG